CGGAAAGACGUGCCCCAGAUGUCGGCCAUCACGCUGUGCGCCUGGCUCAGGUUCAGGCACUUCAUGCCCGUCGUGGACAAGAUCGUGUCGUAUUUCACUGUCGGGGACGAGGACAUCAAGAUAUACUACGAUUUCAUCAAUAAGGAGUUUGUCAUCUGGACCCCGGGGUAUAGAUUAACUAUCAAUAUUGUUAUUCCUCUCUAUACAUGGACUCACAUCUUCAUGACCUUUGACCUGAUCACAACUGAAAACUACGUCCUGGUCAACAACGCGGAAGUGGAAGGGGAAGUGUCACUCAACAACGAGAAGAAGGUCGGCUCGAACCUAGCUGCCGGAGGCCUGCUCGUGCUGGGCCAAGAUCAGGACAGCCUUGGAGGGGGUUACGCCAUCACGCAGGCUUUCUCGGGGGACAUGGCGCAGCUCCUCAUGUAUUCUAAGUUCUUUUCCCGGCAAGACAGAAGACAGUUCAAUUGCUUUGAAAAUCGGCUUGGUUUAGAGAAGCCCAUACUGUCAACCAGUGUCCUCGAAGACUGGAACUUUGUUGGCGACGUUGAGUCUCAGCAGAUGCCAAGACACCUUAUCAGUCCUUCCCAAAAGGUGAACUUCUUUGUCCUCCCAGAAAACGAAUACUUUUCGGAUGCAGCAAAGAUGUGUCGGGUGCUCGGCUUACCACUGGCGCUUCCUAAGAGUGAAGAACAGAAUGAGGAGCUUUUUAUAAUGGCUGUCAGUGUAGAAUCUAUCUGCAUCACCGCGUACAGCACUAAUGUAUGGCUUGGUGUCCGGGCAAACUUCACCACAAUGUCAUGGGAGAAUGCUAAUAACUAUGGACGUCUUAGUUAUCAAAAUUUUGACCCUCUGUACUCAACCCUCUCCGAGACAGAUCAGUGUGUGUCCUUGGGAAGUUCUCACUAUCCACGGGUAUGGCAUAAAACGUCCUGCCAGAAAUACAAGCCUUGCCCUGCGUGUGAAAAUGCGCCUGUCAACUCCAUCCAGGUAAGAGGCCUUUGCCUGCAGUCGAACUUCGACCGGCGCCUCCACAUCCACGGCACAAAGAACCUCAAGCCGAUGUUCCAUGGCACCUUCUACACUCGGCUGUGGUGGGACAACUCCACCUGGGUCAUGGCCAGUCGCCUCCUGCCAAGCCUCGAGGCCAGGAUGGUGAUUGGCCACUCGGAGGCUUACCCCAUCGGCCUCCACCGGUGGCACGUCUCGGGCGACGAGUGUCCGGCGCAGCAGCUCGACCUGCUGCUGACGGUGUGCGGCGAGAACAGCUUCCCCUGCAGUGACGGGACCUGCGUCCUCAUGAGCGAGCGCUGCGACCUCCGCGCCCACUGCGACGACGGCAGCGACGAGACGGAGUGCGACAUCGUCUACUUGGAGGCCAACUACGAGAGGACGCUCCCGCCGCCACCGCCGGAGAAGGAGGAUGUCCUCAACAUCACGCUCAGCAUCAUCAUCACUGCUGUCCGCACGCUCAACCUGCUGGACCAGACCGUCACGCUGGAUGUCCGUCUCAUGUCCGAGUGGCAGGACUCGAGGCUCAAGUACAACGACCUGCACUCGGAGCAGUUCAGGAACCAGCUGCAGGAUCACGAGCGCCUGUGGCUGCCACGAUUUAUCACGACCGACGACACCGGCAGCCGCGUCGACGUGGUCACCCGCGGCGAGUCGCUGGUCGUGCUGCGGGGAUCCGAGCCGCUACCCAGCGACGACACGCGCGUUAAGAAGGCCAUUGUGUACCCUGGUUCGGGGAAUCCUCUUCUGCUGCGACAGGAGCUCAGCAUUUCGUUCCAAUGUCAGUUCGACCUCCGCUGGUUCCCUUUCGACAACCAGCGCUGUUCCCUCAACCUCAGACUCAAUGAAGUCGAGUCGAAACUUGUCCACACAGUCGCCAGCGAGCCGCAGUACCUCGGGCCGGAGAAACUGCCGGAGUACGAAGUAGGUUCCCUUGGCUUCUUGCUUUUCGUGAAGUGGACUCGAAAAGCUGCAGUCUGUCUUGGAGAAUAUUCAGGUUCUAAAGCCUCGCAGAAAUAAGCCCCUUAAAAGAUUGAAACAAAGAAAGAAAGCCGUCAUCU